CGAACGUCGAGCGCGGUCAUCCACGCCACGUUUCUCAUCCUACGUCACAUCUGUUUGUGUUGGUCGCGUUCGAUCGCAAGUGGAGAGCCCCGGCGUGGCCAGACGUGCAACAUACAUACAUACAUACAUACAUACAUACAUACAUACAUACAUACAUACGUACGUACGUACGUACGUACAUACGUACAUAGAUAGGUACACGUACUGCGUCGCAGUACGGCCAUGUGCGACAACACGCAAUUCGCCAAGUGCGCGAAAGGCCGCGAUCGAAAGGCCGACGAUCGAUUUUUCCCAUUUUUCGUCGACCAGCGACCGGCAACGGGCGGCAACUGUCGCGAGCAAAGCGACAUGUCAACGCCGGACUUGGUCGGAUACUCGCACGACUUCCUCGCGGAAUUCAUUCACUUGUACCGCAGCUUCCCCUGCCUGUGGCAGGUCAGGUACAAGGGCUACAAGGACAGGCUGCUGCGGAAUCGCGCUUACGACGCCCUUGUGCAGAAACUGAGGGAGGUGAACCCGGUCGCGGACAGGGAGACCGUCAUACGAAAGAUCAACACGCUGAGGACAGCGUUCAGGCGGGAGUACAAGAAGGUGCAAAGCUCGCUAAAGAUGGUCCACAAUCCGCGGCAACGUUACAGAUCCUCGUUGUGGUACUACGAUAUAUUGAAAUUCGUCGCCGAGCAGAACGAGGCAGGUCCACUCGACGAAGAGAAGGACGUGAAGAACGCUUUGCUGGCUCGUCCGACGGAUCUCUCUCACGAGGAGAUGAUGUCUGUGCAAACGGACGUGGACAAGAUCGAGCCACCGUCACCGGCGCCGUCGCCGGCAGCUAGCUCCGCCCCAGCCUUCCAACCGAUCAUCCUGGAGACCGAGGGCUCGUACGUCAGGAUUUCCAACAGCGCGUCCGCCGAGCCUCUCGUCCGAAGGAAGUCGUCCUGUCACCAACAGCAGCAGGAGAGCUUCCCGGAUCGUCAGUCGAAGGACUCGGCGUGCGAACUGUCGCCGAGGCAGUUCGCCAGCUGCGUCACCGGCGACGAUCAUUUCGAGACGUUCGGCCGUUACGUCGCUGGCAAACUGAAGAAGUCGAUGCCUCGGCAGAGCAUCAUCGCCGAGAAGGUGAUCGCCGAGGUCCUCUCCAGAGCCAACCUCGGCACCUUGGAAGAGACUACCAGCCUCACGGAGAAAGUACCUUCACGUUGUUUCUUGGUGAUGGGCGAUCGUUGAACGUACACCACCGAUCCCCAUCCUCCCGAUGGUCUACCCUUACGGUAGUCUAUUGUCUCCCGUCGUUCAAACUCUCUGACGUGACAAGUCCGU